UGGACGCAUUCAGUUCUAACAACAACGCUCGCAUCGUAAGACGUCAGCGGCGUGUGAAAGACGCGGGAAAAUGUUCAGAAACUUUCUAUGAAAUACAAUUGUCAUGAUAUGUUGUUUAAUAUAAUCUGUGUUUUAUAUUUAUUUAUAUGAACGUGAUUAUAGAUGUGGAUUCCUUAAUUUUGUAAGAAGAAGUGGGGACGUCAACAUGUGGCGUGUAAUCCUGCUGACGGUACUCCUGUGUGGAGUACAUAGUCAUCCUAAUAAGGUCCGCGAUGUGACGACAUCGUGUGACAAAGGCUCAAUCACUAUUAAUAUAGACAUGGAGAAGCCAUUCAAGGGUGUAGUUUUCAGUAAGGACUUCUCAAGAGAAUGUCGGAUUUUAGGUCAAAUGCAGACGAAUGUUUCAUUGCAUUUGCCUUCAAACACGUGCGGAGUAAGGACAUCAAUACAGAACAACACGACAAAGAGAUACGAUGAACUAAAUCUGUACUACACGGUGGAGUUAGUGGUUCAAAUGGAUAAGAUGCUUCAACAGUCAUCAGACCAGGAGAUAAUUGUUAGGUGUAAAUUGCAACCUCGUGCGGUGCGGAUAAACAGCUCAGCGCUUGAAGGCGUCAUUAAAUCUAGACUGCGAGAAAUUACCGGCCAUGAAGGGAAACGGAUGAGAACUGGACGGAAUAGAAAGGGUUGGGAUAGGAUGGUUGAGGUGGAACAGCAAGAGCUGUUAGAAGCAGCUCGAGCCUGGAUGCAGCUGGCGCCAGACACGGUGGAGGUCGGACAACCCACGGAGCUCAUGAUACACUGUACACUACCAGUGGGCGUCGGUCUCCGUGUAACAAACUGCAUAGCGCACGAUGGUUUAGGAGAGGCCUCGCAGAAGUUACUCGACGAAGCUGGCUGUCCCAUCGACGAAACUAUAUUCAACUCCCCAACUGUGCAUCAACACAGACGAGAUGAGAUAGACUUUACCGACAACGAACAGAGCCUAGAGAACUCGAGGGUAGCGAGUACUGACUCUGUCAUCAAAAAUAUGAUGACCUUCCAACACGCUGUGACCACGUUCGCAGCGUUCAAGUUUCCCGACAGGGCGAAACUACAUCUCUCCUGCGGCAUAGAACUCUGUAAGGGCGUCUGCCCCAAGGUCGAUUGUAAGGCCCUUCAAAAACCCCAACAGACCAAAGACGGGCUGGUGAGGAAGGCCCGUCUGGAUAAGGACGCUAAGGGUGUGGUGAUAGAAAGACUAGAAGUCUACAAUAGUAUAGAAGUCCUGGCACCGAACAUAGAACUAGAAGACGAAGCUUCUAUAAGAGGUUCCAGAAGGGUAGAAGAAGAAGAUGGGCUGAAAGGUUUUUCCCCCGGAGACAAAACGAUAUGCCUCUCUCCUGGGAAAAUGGCCUUAGCCUUUUGUAUACUUGGCAUCAUUUUCCUAUGCGCUAUUGCUGUAGCUUUUGCGUCCUUAGUGCGAGCGAGACGGAGAACACCUCGAGAGCCGGUGAAUACGUCUCUCUCUUUCUACACCGGUAGCAAGAGUCUCUUUUCUUCUAGUGGCAGCAGUAGUUCCGGUUUAAGUGGCAGCAAGCUUCUUCUAACCGAUAGUCCAUAUUUAGACCACCAUUCGUCUUCCAGCAAUAAUUGGCCAUAUGCUCGGGCAUUUUAAUGACUAGAUAUACAUACUCUCUUAUAUAUCGGCUUCAAUUAAAUUAAGAAUGCUAUAAAUAUAAAUAAACUGCUCUCUGUCGUAUAAAAUGGUAAUCGUCCGAUUAUAUUGUGAGAUAUUCGAAUAAAUAGAUAAUAAAGAAUUUAUGCACAUUAGAACACAGAUAAUAAAUAUGAAAUACAAGUGUGUUGAUGUUUCGCUAAUUCAAUACGUUUUAUUAAUAAUUUUUGACACAUGUCAUAUUGAGGAGGUGCUUCUGUUUCAUAGUAAGUUUAUCUUAAAUUCAACAAUUUAUUUGUUGUAUCAAAAACGUCACAUAAGCACUUCCUCGACACUUAGUUUUAAUUUAUUUAGAAAAAAUUAGUAGCCCAGUAUGUGAUAAUAUAUAAAAACAUUUUCUAAUUUUAUACUUUUAUGUACUUGAUAAAAUAUAAUGUUUAAGAUGAAAUACAUAUAUGAUUAAAAGGCGA